UGGUAGUCUGAUCAGGCUGAUUUAGGGUUGAUGGCUGAUAGUACAUUUUUCGUUCUAGUCCGUUUAGUCCAUGGCUUGGACAACGAUUGAACACUGAACUAGUGUAGUCCAGUGCGAUUGAAGUAUAUGUAUUGGAUUGCCCAACACCAGUUCCUCGAGAAGUCAUAUGAGACGUGAGGCAAAUUAUCUUAUUAAACGGAAUUCACUGAACACGUUUUGCCAUAUCUGCACUUUGAAGUAGAGGGUGUCAAUUCACCGACAAAGGUUAUUGUUCCUGUGGUUAUUCUCAUCAAAAAUUAAUCACUUUCAAGAAUUCUGUACUUGCCUCUUUCCUGUGCAGCAUAUGCAUCGCGCAAUGUCAACAUUGUAAGGUGGUCAGGUCUUUCCUUGUUGCAUGAUGCACAGCAAGAUAAGGACUGUGACUAUAGAAUGAACGCUUCAGCCAGAGAGAUUCGAUUCUAAAAUUUGGUGAAUUAUGUAAUUUAAACAAUAAUUUAAUGGUUAAAUCAAUUCCAAUAUCAUUGUGAUAAACAAAGGCCUAAAAAUGGGGUCCAUAGCCCUGGAAGAAUAUGAGCUCAUGAAAGACUCAAAAUAUCGAGUCUAUGUGUCUGCAGUAGAUAAAGCCCUCAAAAACUUUGAAUAUACAAGCGAGUGGGCAGAUCUUAUUUCUGCACUUGGAAAACUUAAUAAAGUGCUUCUGAGUCAUAUGAAAUUUCCUGUAAUACCACGGAGGAUAAAAAUUUCAAAGCGACUUGCGCAAUGUAUGCACCCUGCGCUUCCUUCCGGUGUUCAUCUGAAGGCCCUGGAAACCUAUGACAUUAUUUUCAAAUGCAUGGGAACAAACAGACUUAGUCAUGAAUUGUUCAUAUACAGCGCGGGUCUCUUCCCAUUACUCGGUCAUGCAGCUAUGAACGUUCGUCCGUCAUUACUAACAGUUUAUGAGACUCAUUUUGUGCCCCUUGGCGAGAGGCUUAGACCUGGACUAAGUGGCUUUCUGAGCGGCGUUCUACCAGGCCUGGAAGAAGGAUCUGAUCAUUUUGAUAGAACAAAUUCUCUUCUGGAAAAAGUAUGCGAAGGUGUUUCACCUGAACAUUUCUAUGCAUGUCUGUGGGACUGUCUUGCAUCAAAUUCAGGAAUUCGUUUACCCGCAAUAUCCUUUGUGCUAGCUCAUUUUAAUAAAAAGCUGACUAUGGAGGAUCAACUGUAUAUCAUGGGUACAAAUAUUGAUAUCAUGGUUGCAGCUUUGAGUGCUGGAGUUCAAGAUAAUUCUGUUUUAGUACAAAGAAGUGCACUUGAUUUGUUGUUAGUAGGCUUUCCAGUCCAUAACAGUCAAUUAAUACGAGAAGAUAUGGUAUUGCUAUUAACUGCUGCGUUAGUCACUAUAUUGAGACGAGACAUGAGUCUGAACAGACGAUUGUUUGCCUGGCUUUUGGGUACGGAAGUGAACAUGUCUAUUUUAAAAAAAAAAAUUGAUCCGGCAGCAGCUGAGGCGUCUGCAACAUAUUUUGACAUUUAUUCAAAGGACAUGUUGAUCAAGGCAAUAAAAUCUACACUUCAAACUGUAUGUAAAGAAAAUCCACAGGACUUGAAACCCUAUAGAAUUCUGGUUUCCUUACUAGAUAAACCAGACAUUGGACCAGUUAUAUUAGAUGAUAUCCUGUACGAAGUAUUCAGAACACUUUACAACGCGUGUAAGCAGUCAGAUAAACCUUUAAAAUCGAUCGAAGUAGUGAAAUCUGCAAAUCUGUUAUUUUCAACGCUAGAACCAUCUUAUGUGUGGAAACACUGUGGCUAUUUGUUCGAACAAGCUUGUGCAGAGAGAGUGAAAAAUCGAAAAGAGACUCAGGAUAUCGGUGUUAAUUCAGUGGGUAGCGGUAUGCCUAAUCUGAUAGAAGUUUGCAUCCUCACUGAAUUUUUGCUAGAUACAGUAUCAUUAGAUGCCUUCAUGGAUACACCAUCGGAACAUCUCCCAGGUCUCUUUUAUCAAGUGAUCAACAAGUUGUCCUAUCAUACUGAUGUUUUAUCUCCAACAGAAAUAUCAAACAGUCUAGGCUUGUGCGCUAAAAUUUUAUCCAGAGUACAACCUACUCUAGCCAAUUCUCAUUUAGAUAAGGUUGAACCCGACAUAAAGCCUGAAGUGACAUUCAAUUCACGUUUACCUAAUACAUCUCCUGUGGAUAGCUCUUUGACUCCUAUACCACUUGAAAAAAGCCAGUCUGAUAGUAAAUUGAAUAAGACGGAUGGGCUGAAUAACUUAGCUGUUGACAAGAGUCCAAGUCCAAGGAGGAGAGCAAACUCGGGUGGCAGUAGUAAGAAAAGUGAUAAAAAGUCUAAGAAAAAGGGCAGCAAAAGUACAUCAAAGUUGAGCGAUAGCUACACAAUCCAAGCUGAUGGUAGCAACAUAUCUGUUGUUGUCAGUGAAGACAUCAAACCAAUUGCUCGUAAUAAAAGUUUGGACAAUCUGAAGAUCGAAUACUCUGACACUGAUGGUCUUUCUGCACAGAGUGAAAACUUGACACCUAAAAGUUUGUCAAGAAAAAGUUUUGCUGGUUCUAAUGGGUCAUUAAACAGGGGUCCGUCACCCGCUUUACAAGCACAAAGUUCAAUGUUGGAAAAGUGCAUGAGAGAAUACGAGGUAUUUUAUGUAAAAUUAGUUAGUAACAGGAUACUUACUGAGGAUAAACCUGUGUCAGAUAUGUUUGAAGAUUUAGUAAUUGUCUCUCCCAGAGAGAGUUUUCAAGAAAGAAGUAGCCGCCUUGAAAGAUUACUGACCUCGAGACUUAAUUUGGAAGAUUCUGGUUUCUUCAAUCAAGAUGCCCAUUUGCCUACCGAAAUUACAAUCUCAGAUUACUUACAUUCGAAAAAUGAGCCACUCAAACACUCUGAUUGGGUAGACGCAAUGAAAAUCGCAUCAAGCUUAUUAGUGGAAUUAUCUACAUUGCCAACAUAUUGUCUACCAGGAGAUGGGAUUCUAUUAGAAGAAGAGCCUGAAGGACAAGUUGUGCUACCGAAUUGGCUGAAAGUUUUAGUAGUCUGUGCUUGCCGGUUAGGCAAACAGCCGUCAUUGCAGCUAACGAGUAUGGCAACUUUACUGGAUCUAAUUGCCUUAUUAAAAGCACAGCAAGAUGUCAAACCCCACCCUCAAAGUGGAGAAGGAGUUACAACGGUGGUCAUGGUGCCACUUUUGAAAGAAUGGCACAUUAAUAUUUUGGAACAACACACUAAUGUAUUCCAAGUAAUGGCCCAUUCUUUGUGGCAUCAUCUUGGCGAACUACCUGCUCAUGAGUACCGAAUGCGCUGUGUAGAACUUUUACAUGAACUACAUCACGCAUUGCAUAAUUCUUGUGAUGCAGUCGAAGAUGUAAUAGGGUCUGCUCUAACGUGUGACAAUUUGGAAAAGCGAGUCGAAGCAUUUAAUAGAUUUGCUACAUUAUGGCAUUUGGGGCGAGAUGUGGAAACUAAUCCAAGGUUAAGGGGAUGUUUGAGGACAUUUGAUAAAUCGUUGUUAAAGAUGCUGGACAAUCUACAACUAGCGGAUAAUUCGCCAUUGAAACUUCACGCACAAUCUUGGCUACUUCAUUCUCUAUUGCGAGGUGAUAUCUCGCGUAUUGUCGAUCCAGUUCUGACAAUGUUGUUAGAUCCUUCCACUUGUCGAAUGAGCGUACUUCAUGUUAGUAUACAACAUAGUAACACUGUAUUGACUAAAAAUGAUGUAGUCGAAGAAAGAUCGGAGGCACAAGAUGAUUUUGAGGGUGCCGCAAAGAUUUAUGCCAUCAGUUCUGUUGACGGAAAUGUUAUAUAUCACGUUAGCGAUUCUACAGACGAUGCCAAGUGGAAGAAUGGUAGGAAGAAAGUCAAGCUCAUAAACCCUGUUAAGGCGAAACGGAUAUUUGCGGUAACGACAUUGGCGAAUGGAGAUAAAGGAAGCCAUUUCAUAACAGAAAAAAAUCAAUUCAUGAAAGAAUUAGAAGUCCCCCCUGGUAUUUCAGGCAAUCACAACAUUUCGGUAUUUGUGAAUCCAUUAUCUAUAAAUUGCACCGCAAAUUCCAAUGAUUCACUGACUGAAGAUGAUUCUUCGCAAAGUGUUAAAAAAUCCGGCCUGACAACAGAGCUCCUAAAGAACGCUACCAGAUUCAAGAAGAAAGAUUUCGUUUAUGGUUCCACAGCAAGUUCAGAGGAAAGCCUAUUCGAUUCUGCAAAUUCUAGUUUGAAAGUGAAGGAGAAAAAUGGAAUGAAGAAAGUAAAUGGGGAUGUUGGUUCAUCUUUAGAUUCUAUCACAAAUAGUCUUGAUUCCAGUAGCCCUGAGAUCACAAAUAAAAUACAAAAACCUAAGAGAGGGAUCAUUAUUCCUGGUAGUUCCAAAGAGGUUGCAGGCACAAUAAUGACUGGUAAAUAUCAAAGUACGAAUGAAUUUUCAACAAGUUACGAAACACAUGAUGUUCCGGGAAGCUUUGAAGCAACUGCUGAAGUUCCAAGUUGGACGAUGGGUGAUGAAGAGUGUGAGUUAGAAUUGAGUACCACUGCGGAAGAAUAUUUCAGCAAUUCAAGUGGAGUCAGCAUUGUUGAAGAAAUCUUGAAUGAAGUUAUCGAUAAAGUACUGCAGCAGUGCGAUGUUGAGCCUUCAAAAAUUUCGGAUGAAUCGGUUCAGCUUGAUACAAGCACUAAACGUAGUUCAGGAGUUGGGGUCCAUAAUCUUCAUUCACAUAUGUUACUAUAUUGUGGGGUGUAUGACUCAACGCGAACACUCUAUGCAUUACGUACUCUCCGAAAUGAACUUUUAACGAAUACAAGAAUGUUCUUGUGCUCGGCCGCAACAACUGGUAUAGCAAACACUACAAAAAGUACAGCUUUACUGAAUUUGCUAGCAAGGCACAGGAAAAGUGUUUUCGGAAGAAAUUUCCACGGCGAUAUAGCAAGCAGCGAAUUCGUAACAGCAUAUAGAAGUAGUAUGUACUUGGAAGUUCUAAUUAGCGUUUGCUUAUAUUUUGCAAGAAGUUAUUAUCCCAAUUUGGGACAAAUGAGGCUCACUCAGGAGGAGAUUGGAGGAAAUAGACAGGUCCAACUGGCAAGUGCAGAGCUACUGAUGUUGAUAUUCUCUGAGCUUAUUGCUAUUGUUCGAGAUUCCGGAAAAGGAUUCAGUUGUUACAUAGUUGAUUUAUUAACAAAAUGCAAGGUCCAAAAAGUUGCUCUUCACUGCCUGGUAUCCAGUGUACUAAACAUGAAGAAUGCUCAAAAAGAAAAUAAAGACAAUUUUACAUUCACUGAAGAAAUAGUGCUAUUCAAUGAUCCUGUCACUCAUAAUGACGUGAACAAAUGUAAAUAUAGAGCAAGCGAUCAUACGGAAGCAUUUCAAAUUCAGUUAUUGAGGUUACUCUUGGCUCUAAUUAUGCUGGAGCAUCAAUGUGGUGUACAAAAAGGGGAAGAGACAACUCCAACUUUGCCAACUCCUUCCACACCCACUCGCACUGCACCUAACUUGACCGGCAGUGCACUGAAAUAUAUACCUGGAGCACCAUUAUCACAACAACCAAUGUUUUUAGCAAGCAUCUUAAGUGCUUUGCAGUUGGAUCACAUGAGGCAUUUACAUCAACAUUGGACAACUCUGGUCACAUCUAGUCUUCCAUUCAUGGGCUCGUCACUUACGCAAAUUGUGACAUCUGUGAUUCAUCAACUGUGCUAUAAUAUUGAGCAUUUAGCUUCCUAUUAUGUCAGUGAAGAAGCUACCUUCACUUUAAAAUUAAAAGAUAUAACUACAGUCGAGUGCUGCUUACCAGCAGAUUAUACGGUAACACAUUUAGAAGCUCUGACGUUUUUGCUUCAUUACUGUUUACUGGAUAACUCACAGCAAGUUGGCUACUCAUUCAAUCAACCAUUGAGCGGAACUCUUCAAACAGGAAUCCCUGGAGCAAAUCCUGGGCAAAUAUUUAACAAUCUUAUUCACGUCUUCAUGCCAAGUCCUCUUUCACCUGAACUUGUCAACGGAAAGGAUAAAACUGGAUUGAGUGAGCAGCACCUGCAUGCACGGAGAACAGCCUUGAGUCAUCUACCAAGAAUAAUUGCGUCUCUUUCUGCUUUAUGGCAAGCAGUAUUGGCGACUAAAGACAAUGAACAGGCAAGCUGCGUUGUUGGUAGCCCCAGAGUUGUGAAACAUCAGCUGCUAGAACUUUUGUCUCCCAUCUCUUUCCAUCAUGGCGUUAACUUUCUAGCCGCGGUUGCAGUUGCUUGGCAUGAAAGACGACAACCAUCUGCUACUUCAAAAAAGGUUUUGCCUGAAGCCUGCCCAAACCAGCAAGUAAUGGUGCAUCUAGUAAGUGCGAUUCGUGUUAUGCCGAUCGACACUUUGGUGCAAACUGUACAUCAAGUAGUAAAAUCUCCACCACCUAUUCAUGGUGUGAAGCAGGAUUUUUCUUUAGAAGUAUCCGUAUUGGAGUUACUGUAUGUCUACAUGCAAAGUAAUACGUCACAAUCACUUGUUGAAUCAUGGGCAUCUUUACUCGGGCUACUAAAAGAUAGUCUAUCAUUAACUGCUCCUGCUCAGUUUUUAUUGCUGGCAAUAUUGAACGAGUACAUUCAGAAAUGUCCUCCAAUGCAAGAGAAAAAAGAUAUCCGUGAUCUUCAAGAUAUCACUGCUAAGCUAGUUGAAUCGUGUUCUCAAAUAGCUGGAGCUUGUUUGGAACAAACAACGUGGCUGAGACGAAACUUAGCUGUACGAGAAGAUGUUUUAGAGGUUGCAGAUGGAAUUUCAGAAGUCGCUCCUGGUACACCGCCCAAUACUGCCUACAGUGUUCAGGCUCAAGCUGUGCUGGCUGAAAUAUUGGCACCUCUUUUAGAUGUGAGCUAUGGUUCUCAAGAAAAAGAGCGAGUUGUCACACUGUUAACUAAUCUUAUGUACAAUAUCACGCCAUAUUUAAAAAAUCAUACGACACGAAACAUUGCUUCAUUUACUGCCUGUUCUCAACUCCUGAGCUCACUCUCAGGCUACCAGUACACCAGAAAAGCAUGGCGUAAGGAUGUUCUGGAUCUUCUCCUUGAUCCUGCACUUUUCCAGAUGACACCAGCGUGCCUGCCAUUUUGGAGAACUAUUAUUGACAAUUUAAUGACACAUGACACUACAACUUUUAGAGAUUUGAUGAAUCGAGUAUCAAUCGCACAAAGCAGUGGGAUCAGUAUAUUCUCUUCUAAAGAACAAGAAUACGAACAGAGAGCACAAUUGCUGAAAAGAUUGGCAUUCGUGAUUCUAUGCAGUGAAAUGGAUCAGUAUCACAAGUAUAUGCCCGAAAUUCAAGAACGUUUAGCGGACAGCUUAAGAUUACCCCAAGUGAUUCCAUCUAUUCAAGCGCAAGUUUUCUUAUGCUUCCGAGUUCUGUUAUUACGAAUAUCACCUCAUCAUGCUACAUCUUUGUGGCCAGUUAUUGUCAGUGAACUGGUUCAAGUAUUUUUACAUAUUGAACAAGAACUGAACUCGGACAGUGAGGAAUUCAGUCGACAAAACAGUUCACAUAUAAGACUUCUAUCAGCGUUGGAUUCGUCAUGGGCUGUAAAUGCUAGCAAUGGUCUUCAAGCACACGGUCAUCCACAUUGGCUGCAAUUACAGCUAGCCACUGCCAAACUUUUGGACUUAGCCCUACUGUUACCUGCGCAUAGACUUCCACAAUUCCAAAUGUAUCGAUGGGCAUUUGUUGGCGACGCUGCUACGGGUACAACGGACAGCAACGAUCGUUCAACGGAUUUUGUGCCCCACAUCACUAGAAUUGCCAGGCUCAUGGAUAGUAAGUUCGAAGGGGAGGUUGCUCCAUUAACGUCUCCUCCAGGUGAACUAUUAUUGACAUCGAAUAACAUUCGAUCUUUACAAGAUCUACACUCGUGCUUUAAAGCGCUUAGUCGUAGAACAACCGAUUCUCAUGCAACUUUAAACAUCUCUCAAUUAGAAGCGGUAAUUGAACAAGACUUUCUUGAGAAGAUGCCGUCAGUAGCUUUAAGAUAAUAAAAACCAUAAUAUAUAAACAACCGUAGACAGCUUUGGAACCAUAGUUAAUAAAAUAGCAUUGAUAUAAUGACUGCGGUGUUAUCAAACAAUCAUCGAAUUUUUUAUUAAGGUGAUAAUGGAAUUGCUCCGAGUAAACUUUCGUUCCAAUUGCAGUAAUUUUUAGGCGAAUGAGAACUUUCGCGGGUAAAGAUCUAGACUUAGAUAUAUUUAUUAAUUUUUAACAACUUUAAACCUCGAAGUUCAAAGCCUGAAACAUCCUAUUCAUGUCUGAAUCUUGAUAAACAUAUUUGUCACAAUCAGCUAUUUUAUAUUUACGUCAAUUGAGCCUGUCAAAUCUCCACCACCAACAAGAUUAAUAUUCAAUCUGCUUUCCGUCCCCUUCAACUAGUUGUUUCCUUUGAUUGUGAGUUAGUCUGUGACGACUUUCACGCGAGCACAUUAAAAAAUCAGAUUUUAUUUGAAUAUGAAUCUUACUUCAUCAUAUCCGGCUGUUAGUAACUGUAAUGUGAAUAAUUUUUUAUCUUGCAUGUAUUUAUGCUCUCUUUACUAACGGUUGGUGUGAUCGGAAUCAUAUUUGUAAAAUCAUGCUCUUAUAAAAUACUUGACCGUAGUUGUUAUUUUCUUUGCUACCCCAGUAUAGUAUGUAUAAAAAUGAUACGAAACUCGUUGAAUUGAAGAAAAUGUACGUUAAAAAAUAUUGCUAUCGACCUAUUUUGACAUAUUUGUGAUGUUAAAUGUCCCAUACUGUUAAGAGUAGUAUUUCAUAGCGAAUGAAGAAUUGAAAGUUCUACAAGAAAUGUUAUACAUUUUUAUAUCUAAGAAAAAUACGAUCUUAAAUAUUAGCAGAUAUUCAUUUAUAGGUGUUAUAUUAGAAUCAUCGAUAGUUGUGAAAGGGCAUAAUCAACAAUAGCAGAUAUUUUUAUUUAUAUAGAGCAAUUAUAUUCAGUAAUACUCGUUAUUAUUGUGCCACUAUUUUCUUAUUUUUUCUGACUUGCUAUUGCCGAUUGUGUCAAUCAUAAUGUUAUGUACAUAUAAUAAUUUUUAAAUUAACAGGAAACAGCAAACAAUGUAUUUGGCGACAUAUAUAAAGAUAGUUGAAAAAUAUAGUUGAUUAAUAUGUAGUUCUUCUUUUUAUUCAAUUAACUUUGAUUAACGAAGCUUAGGCUUGCCUCCUCGUUCGGUUGUGAGUAGUUAUGCAGACACUUGGUGUUUCAUCAUAACUUUUAGCUGACAUUUUUAUGAAAAUGUUGAAUUGCGAUCGUAUUGAAACACUUCGUGUAGUUAAGUAAAGUAAAAAUAUAUACAAUGAAAAUUUAUUCUAUGUCUCGCUACAAUUUUAUAAUUAUAACCGAGUAUCGUGUUAUUUCUCAUGUGGGCUAAACUAGAAAUGUAUGGGUUUCACAGAUAUAAUAGUACGUUGCACUUGUGUUGCGAUUUCAAUUACUUAGAUGAGUUUCUUAUCAUUUUGGACAAUAGAUUGAAGCAAGUCAAAAAUCUUUUUCAUGUUCAUGAUUUAAUGAUUUCAGGAUCUUUAAACCAAAUUCAAAAUUCACUUUUGAUAAGCUAUAACAUUCUGGGCUCACGAAAGCAAUUGAAUGAUAAUCCACUUCGGUUUUCUAACAACCAAGUGAAUAUUACGACGUACAGUCAACAACAACCUAAACCUUGGAUUCAUAAAUCUCUUGUAUUUUCUUAGAUUAAGUUACAUUAAUGAAUAAUCAUAUUUUUAGAAUAAUCAUAGAUUUGGUUAAAUCGGGCAAAGCAAACGUGAUGUGUAAUGGAAACUGUUUAUAGUAGAGUGCUACGUUGUUGACGGGAGUGUUAAAAAUAUUUUUGUAUGUUUACGCUGGUUGAAAUAUUAGAGGAUAAGUGAACAGGUAACUGUACAUAAGUUUUCGAUUCAACAGACGAAUAAUUUAGUAUGGGUACGAUUUUUUGUUUCCAUUAAAUUAAGAUUGUUCUGGCAAUGUUAUACAUUGGUUACCCAAAAUUAGGGCAUUCUGAAUAUCCUAUCUUGAUUGAUGAAUUUAUAUAUUAGCAGUAUGACAAUUUGUUACAGUUUGCGACAUAUAGUUAUUAUAAUUGCCAUAUGAAUUUUCAUUCCAUCAUAUCAUUCAUAGAAUUUUUUUUCUCUUAUUUCAAUUAUUUGCGUUAUUCACUGAUCUUUUAUCUAGUUUAUUUCUGACGAUAGUCAUUCAAAUCGUCACAUGCAUAAUUGAGAUCAGUCUCAUAUUUUUUGAACUCAAUUUCAUUUCAAUGAUCAUCAAUGUUUGAUCUGCUUUCAUGGUAGAAGUCUGGAAAUAGAUUCUACUUAAUGUAAUUGACGCACACACUAUCAACUAGCAUUUUGUAAAUAAUCGAAGAUUAGAAACAUUGGGAAUAUCGAGUUAUUGUUAAGUACGUGCCGAAGAUUGUUACUGAUAACUGUAUAGUGACGCCAUUGGGAAAUUUCAUAUCCUUCCAAUAUUCAUACACGCAUAUAAUAUGAACAUUAAUAUCAAUAUAUUUUACUCUAGUAAAUGUAUACGCUAUUUAUUGAUAUUAAAAUUUAGAAUGCUGUUCAAUCCAUA